GUGAGGCGGCGUCGGCGCGGAGCGGAGCAAAGGGCGGGGUAGCUACCGUCAGCACCACAACAUUAGAGCUGGGGACGCGCUGGAGACCGAGCCAGUCGGAGGGACAACCGUGCUUUUCAUCUGCAUAGUAAAUGCUAGGCUGUUUCCGUGAGGCGUUCGGGGGGAGCUGAUGUUUAAUGGCAUUUGAGAAGUCUUCGCCGCUCUCGCGCAGAGGAGACAUCACGGUGCGAGUUAGCUGACGUUAGCUCGCUAACAAGCGGACUGACAUGGCCAUCUGACAGGCUGUCAAAGAUCUCUUCAUGGAUCGUAGAGGACAAGAAAGAGAAACCGCAGCAUUUUUGUUCAUGGACAUCUGCUGGGCAGCCCAAAGGCCUAUUACUAUGCACUAUACACUGAGAGCCAUGAGCUGUGGGACUGCAAGGAGGAGUACGUUUCUUUCGUGUAGGACUCUCCCUCUUGUAAUAGGACUUCUGGCAACCCUGGCCCAUGGCUCUGUGCCAGAGCAGCAAGACACAUUGGUGGACAUGAUAUCUGUGGAACUAGAGGCCUCUAUGCAGUCCUCUGUGCUCUCCGAGCUCCAGGCUGUAGCAUCUUCUGUAGGUGAAGUUCCGCCUACAGCUAUCCCUGAUUCUCCUGCAAAGAACAGUGAAGUGCACACAAAUAUCCCCGAUUCUUCAGCGAUCGUGGGCCAGGUGUUCCAGUUAAAGGUUCCUCUAAGACCUACUCAUGAAAGCUGCAGUGUCCAUCUCACAGAAAUGGGUAAAAAGACCUUACCCUCUUGGCUAUACUGGGACAAAGAAAGCUGCACUCUGAGAGGUUUGGCUCUGGAACAAGAUAAAGGUGUUUAUCAUAUCUUAGUGUCAGGGGAGCAGAUAAGUGGAAAAACAAGCAGCCCAGAACACCUCAGUACAGUAUUUACUAUUGAAGUAUACCCAGAAGAACGAGCAGACACUGAACCUGCCCUGCUCACUCUCCAGUCUGAAAUCAGUGGCCUCCAGCCUUUCACCUGUGGCUCUGAAGAGCCUGUUACAGUCCUCACUGUCAUUUUGGAUGCCGACUUGACAAAGAUGUUUGCUGAACAGAGGGUGAUUUUAAUGGAAGUUAUGAGGAAAUUUUCUCAUGUGCCUUUGGAGCACAUGCGAGUGGUCCCUGUUGUCAACAACCGCUUAUUUGACAUGUCUGCUUUCAUGGCUGGACCAGGAAAUGCUAAGAAAGUGGUUGAGAAUGGGGCUCUGCUAUCGUGGAAAGUCGGAUGUGCCCUUGAUCAGGGCAGUGUCCCUGACAUUAGCAGUGUCCAGUCCUCAGCAAAAGAGGGGACAAUGUCAGCCAGGCUGGGUUAUCCAGUGGUUGGCUGGCACAUUGUGAAUAAAAAGCCCCUUGGUGUGAAACGAGUCAGGAGGCAGUUGUACAAUACUCCAACUCCAGUGCCAUCUUUGCUUCCUCCUACUAUUCACCAAGAACCCUUUUCACGUGUUGUUCCUACCCCAACUUCACCAUCUAUUGCUCCAGCAACAGACAAUUCUGUUUCACCAGUCAGAGGCCCUUUGCCUCUACCAGUCAAGCCUACAAUGAGAAUCAGAGAUCAAAUAGCCCAUACACCUGUCUUUGGACCUCCACAACCUACCAGAGUGCUAGGAACUACAAGCACCAUCUCCAUUCAGCCCAGUAUGACAAGAUCUACAAUUCCAGAGCCCACUGCCAUUCCAACGCCACCAAGCACAACCAAAAAACCCAAACCGCCUGCCACGAGGAAACCCAAGAAAACAAAAAGCUCCACCCCAGUUCCCCGGGAACCAAAAUUCACCACUGCUAAACCACCGAAGCGUACAACACCUCUUUCUCUAGCCCCAGAUUUAAAUGAGAACCCAAAGAUCCACAACCCUAUUGAUCAGGUGACAGCAUGGGUUGGCACGUACUUUGAGGUCAAAAUUGCUUCUGAUGCAUAUUAUGACCAAGAGGAUGGCACUACUGAUAAGCUCCGUUUGACUUUGAACAGGGCUCCCAAAGAACCAGUAAAUGAAACAUCAUGGAUUCAAUUCAAUAGUACUAUCCAGCUUUUGUAUGGUCUUCCAGAAGAGAAGAAUGUUGGGAAACACGAGUACUUCAUGCUGGCCACUGAUAAGGGAGGGAAGAGCAUUAUGGAUGCGUUUGAGGUUCGUGUCAACCGCUGGUCUCACAAUGACAAGCCAUCAGUUGUAUUUGCGGCUCGUUUUCACGGUGACCCUCAAACUUUAACCAAUGAUGUUCACAAAAAGAUUCUGUUGACUAAGAAGUUGUCUUAUGCCCUCGGUGAUCGAAACAGCAGCACAGUGACCCUGAGGAACAUCACAAAGGGAUCCAUUGUGGUUGAAUGGACCAUUAACAGUCUGCAGCAGAGUUCUUGUCCUAAAGAGCAAAUCAAAGUUCUCAGUGACAGGAUCUCAGAUCCCCAUGGUACACCUAAACCGGCCUUUGUCAAAGCCAUGGAGCCUGAAUUUAAACCAAUCAACAUCUCUGUUCGUGGUAAGAAUGUAUGCCAGAGCUACUCAUUUGUUCCACCGGGUGAGGUGCCAAUGCCCGUUCUACCUACCGCCACGCCGUCUCCUGGGACAGGUCGUAGGAGCAGUGAUGACGUCUACCUGCACACUGUAAUUCCUGCUGUAGUGGUAGCUGCCCUGCUGCUCAUAGCUGGGAUCAUUGCCAUGGUCUGCUAUCGCAAGAAGCGUAAAGGGAAAAUGACUAUAGAGGAACAGGCAACUUUCAUCAAGAAAGGAGUUCCUAUAAUAUUUGCUGAUGAGUUGGAUGACUCCAAGUCACCACCAUCAUCUAGCAUUCCACUUAUCCUUCAGGAAGAAAAGCCUCCACUUCCUCCUCCAGAGUACCCCAACAUGGCUGGCCCCCAUUGCACCCUACUGAGCCAGGAUUUAAUGGAGGAGUAUUCCAUUUAUCAAGAUGAUGAUCCAAAUGCUCCACCUUACCAGCCCCCACCACCAUUCACAGUUCCUAUUGAAGGAAAAGGCUCACGGCCCAAGAACAUGACGGCAUACAGGUCACCACCUCCCUACGUGCCUCCUUAACCCUCACCUGCGAUUCACCAGGUGUGCUGUAGGGGUGCUUCUCAGUAACUACAACAAGGAUAAUUUUACUUGUUAUCAAUGAAAUGGCUUUGGCCUUGUAGAGGAGCAAGCAACCAUAUAUAUUUGACCAUCAUGGAUCAGAUUCUGUAACGUAAAACUUUAAAACUAUCACAGGACAAAUGGAUGGAGAACAAUUUUUAAUUCCACCAUCUUUUUCCGUCCUUCACUUCUGCUUUUGACUUCUUACAUUUAUUUUUCAUCUGUUUUUGCCAAGACGAGUCAAUUUUAUCUGCGAUGAUCUCCUAUUUCUAUUGUAUAGAAAAUGAUAAAAAAAAAAACAGGAAAGACUGAGAUCCUUUGGGCCUUUGUGCAAAUGUCAAAAUGACAACAGACUUGAGGCUGUCUCCCACAACGUUAAUCUUUGAGUUCUAAAUCAUUCUUCUCUGCUCUUCAGCUAGGUUUAUUAAGAUUUUGCACUUGUUAUUUCCAGAGGGGAUGAAAUACAAAAUGGCAAACUGAACACAUGAAAUGUUUAAUUUACUCAAAUUGUUUCGUUUAUCAGAUAUUGAUCAACCUCUGUUCUUUUAUUUUGCUCCCUCUUGAUAAUAACACGCAGUCCUUGCACUUAUGCAAAUUCUUGUUAAACCUUGCACUAUGUGUCUUGCGUGAAAUUGAAAGCAUUGACUGGUAGACCAACAAGAAGAAAAAAAACCCAUCUAAUUUUAUAUCCUUGAACUCGCCAUGCCACUGACAUUUCUCUGGUACGUGAUCACAAGGACAUUACUCUGAUCAUGCCUGUUGUAGAUGUAGCUUAAAUAUGAUUUAUAUAUUUUUCUUUGUAAAUGUGUGCCACUGAAGCUGCCUGUGAGAUGACUGGUUUUGCAGUUGCCAAGGUCACAAGACGAAUACUAUGGGGUUGCUACAACGAUAGCAUGGGGGCCAUUGGAAUGCUGUGGUUCACAGCAGGCUGAGAAUCUGUCAAUAAGGUGGGUCCAUUGUCUUGUGUUCAGUUAGUUUUUAUUGGUGUGAGGGGUGGGUGGGCGUAUAGUGUUCUAUUACCACUGGCCUGCACUACUAGUUUUAGUGCACUGCCUGCUGUCAGUUUGGGUGAAGCAUUGAGUAAAAGGGGGAUGUACAUAAUUGUGUGCCUGUGAAAUGAAACAACUCCAUUAUGUUGAUGUUUUAUCAGUAAAUCUAGUUGGGAAUCUGGAGGGAGGGACCUGAGUGGGAAAUGCUUUUAUUUUUUAAUUGUAUGUCUAGAUUUAUGAUCACUACCAUGGGAAAAAAAUAUAACUUUAUAGUUUGUGAGCGUAGAAAAGAUUGUUUACGUACCCAUCACACACACAGAAAAGCAUAUCUGUGAUGGGAACAACGAUCCACAACAUUAUGUGAAUUAUGUACAUUUCAUAUCUGAAAUCACCAUUAGGAAAAAAUGGUUAAAAAAUCUAAUGUUUUUACUGAGUUUUGAUACAGUCUUAAACUUGUUUUAUGAAAAUAUAUUAAUAAAAUGUAAUACUAUUUGUAAACCUGA